GGCGGCACGACGAGCGGCCGCCCGGCGAGCGCGCCGCCCCGCUCGGCCCUCCGGUCCCGCUCCGCCGCCGUCCCUUUCCGCACCAGCACCGCAGCCGCCCGCGCGUCCUCCCGCACCAUGUCGGUAGCCGGGCUCAAGAAGCAAUUCCACAAAGCCACUCAGAAAGUGAGUGAGAAGGUUGGAGGAGCUGAAGGAACCAAGCUGGACGAUGACUUCAAAGAGAUGGAGCGGAAAGUGGAUGUCACCAGCAGGGCUGUGAUGGAAAUAAUGACUAAAACAAUUGAAUACCUUCAACCCAAUCCAGCUUCCAGAGCUAAACUCAGCAUGAUCAACACCAUGUCAAAAAUCCGUGGCCAGGAGAAAGGGCCAGGCUAUCCCCAGGCAGAAGCACUGCUGGCAGAGGCCAUGCUCAAGUUUGGAAGAGAGCUUGGAGAUGAUUGCAACUUUGGCCCAGCCCUUGGUGAAGUGGGGGAGGCCAUGCGGGAGCUCUCGGAGGUGAAAGACUCAUUGGACAUGGAAGUGAAGCAAAACUUCAUUGACCCCCUUCAGAACCUUCAUGACAAAGAUCUGAGAGAAAUUCAGCAUCAUCUAAAGAAGUUGGAAGGUCGACGCCUGGACUUUGAUUAUAAGAAAAAACGACAAGGCAAGAUUCCAGAUGAAGAGCUCCGUCAGGCUCUGGAGAAAUUUGAUGAAUCUAAAGAAAUUGCUGAGUCAAGCAUGUUUAAUCUCUUAGAGAUGGAUAUCGAACAGGUGAGCCAGCUGUCUGCGCUCGUCCAAGCCCAGCUGGAAUACCACAAGCAGGCGGUCCAGAUCCUGCAGCAAGUCACUGUCAGACUGGAAGAAAGAAUAAGGCAAGCUUCAUCUCAGCCUAGAAGGGAGUAUCAGCCUAAACCACGAAUGAGCCUGGAGUUUCCGACUGGAGACAGUACUCAGCCCAACGGGGGCCUCUCGCACACCAGUACACCCAAACCUGCAGGUGCCCCAAUGGAUCAGCCCUGCUGCCGAGCUCUGUACGACUUUGAACCUGAAAAUGAAGGGGAGUUGGGUUUUAAAGAGGGUGAUAUCAUCACACUCACUAACCAAAUUGAUGAGAACUGGUAUGAGGGGAUGCUUCAUGGCCAGUCAGGCUUCUUCCCCAUCAACUAUGUGGAGAUUCUGGUUGCCCUGCCUCAUUAGGAUGUUAGGCUGGCAGGCUUACCUCCUCUUGACCCAGAUAGUUAAGUUUAACCACUGCUUUGGUAAUGCUGCUUACAACACAUCCCAAGUGCAGGCCGCAGUGGUCCAGGUCAUCAAGCCCCACCGAGUAUCUUUGGUUGACUUGUGUGAUCCCACAAGAGUCAUGGUGAUGGGUGGUAUCUUCUUAGGCUGGUGGGCAUGGCAUGUGCUUUUUAAACACCAUCUGAGACCAGCCAGUAGUCAUGGAACUGCUGUUUACGCAGUUCUCAGGAGGUUGUGGCUUCUUAGAAUAUGACCAUGAGCCACAUCACAGAAAAAACAUCCUACUGAAGAUACUGUCUAUCACCCAGGGGCCAUGUCAAGGUCUCAGGUUCUCCGUUUCAAUAGGAGAAAGUUCUUGCUUUCACAUUGCCCCUCCCAAAUAUGUGAGUCACAGAAUUGUGGAAGAAAGCCUCCCUCACCAGCAACUUGUCUUCUGGUCUGAAUGAAUUAGUCCCUUGAUGCUAUAGGUAGGAAAGUGUUGAGUGCGAGUUAAAAACCUUUUCUGAAAACUGUCACCUUUGUUCCUCUCACAUAUGCGUGUUUCUGAGGGACAGCAAGUUUUCUUCUCACCCUGCUAAUAAAGCCAGAGGGGGACUCCCGCUGUUACUUCUAAGUACUGCGGUGACAGUUGGCAAUCAGCAUAUUGUGAGAGGGGCUGAAGAGAAGAGAUUCUCCAUUAUGAGGAAUUGGGAAGACAUCUGGUUUCCAAGCUUAAAUUUCUUGCUGCAGAGAAACGAUGUAUAUAUUUAGGCCAUUUCUGAAGGUACAGGGAAGAGGGAACAAAAAUCACUUCACUUCAGUUUUAUUUAUGAAUUACAUGUUUCAUGAGUCCGUUUGGCACAGAGACACAAGAGAAAAACACAAGAAACCAUUUUUCCACUAGUUCCUAGACCAAGAAACAGCAAUUGUCUUUCCUUUUCACUUCCACCUUGUGUUCUUUGAACAUCAUUUGUGCAUAUUCUGCCCUCAAUGAGGACCAAAUAAAGAUGAUUUUUGUGCUUAGCAGUUUAAGUAAGAUGUGUGGCUGCAGAUGCAAAAGUUUUUCCCAACUCAGUCAUUACUUUUCUUUCUGUCCCUUCUGUUCCAUCUUCGUGUUGUGUGUACAGUGCUGUGUGUAAGCUUAUGAGUGGUUUUUUGUUCUUCUGGGUUUUUUUUUUUUUUUUUUUUUUUUUUUGGUAUCAGUCAUUAAGUCCUGUUAGGUAUCCAGAGUUCUAUUUAUCUAGCUGUACAGAUUCUUUCAGAGGUUUAAUGUGCUGCUUCGGAUGUGCUGCCUGCGGUAGUGGGUCAUGUGGAGUGAAAGGCAAAUCUUACUGCUUAAUGUAUAAACCUCUUACCACAGGAAGCAUCGCCGUUUCCAAUAAAUAUUGCUGAAGACAGAA